GAGGCGGGGGAUUGCGAACCGAGCGGCCGACUGGAGGGCUGCUGCUGCGGGCUCUGUCGGGGUAACACACGCGAGGUAGCAGGGCUCCGGAAAACUUCUCCUGCUCUCCUUCAGCGGUGGCUAACGGAGCACAGAGGCCGACACCGAAGCAGCUCGUUCCGGAGGGAGUGUUCAGUGAAACAUGAGGAGCUGCCCGGGCCGCUGAGCAGCUGAGGGUGGGAGUCGAAGCGCGUGCUCCAGCAGUCAUGGCGGACAGAGAGGGGCUUCCCAUCGCCCCGGGCCAGGUCUACGUCGAGGUGGAGUAUGACUACGAGUACAAGGCCAAGGACAAGAUGGUGGCCAUCCACCAGGGAGAAUGUUACAUGUUGGUGAAGAAGACCAACGAGGACUGGUGGCAGGUGAAGAAGGAGGAAGGUGCAAAAGCCUUCUAUGUUCCGGCGCAGUACGUCAGGGAGGUGCGACGGGCGCUGAUGCCGCCGCAGAAGCCCGCCCUGAGGGCCAAGCCCACCGUUCUGGACAUCUGUAGGGAAUCCAACGAGAACCUCAACAGGCCUCAGCCGGAAAUGUCCAGCUUCGGCCGCCCAUCGCCCUCCUCCACCCCGUCGCCGUCCUCAGACCGCGUCACGCCGCCCGUUCUCCCCAAGGACGCCAACCAGAACCUGGGGAGUCCGCACCACUGCAAGCUGGUGGCAGAGCUGGUUCUCCUCCACAACAACAACAACCACCACCACAGCAACAACUCGUCGUUGCCACGGACACGGGCCGACUCACCUCCACUCAAAGCGGGAAACGGCGAUAGCAAAAGUCCGGACAGCGACAAGAGCUCGGCUGCUAGCGAGGCGCCGGGAGAAGGGUCCGUCAAACAGCGCAACGACUCGGAGUCUGGAGACGAGCUUAGCAGCAGCUCAACAGAACACAUGCAGACGACGUCUCCCACGGGUCCGGGCCGCUCCGUCUCACCGGUCUACACCAACCUCCAGGAGCUGAAGAUCUCCCAGUCCAGCUUGCCUCCCGUCCCGUCAGGCUCCCCGCUCCACGUCGUGGGCGACUGGGAGACCCACAAGGACCUGAGCGGCAGGUACUUCUACUACAACCGGGCCAGCGGCGAGCGCACCUGGAAGCCGCCGCGCUCCAGAGACGCCUGCAGCAGCACCAGCUGCGUCCGCGGAGACAGCCAGGGCACGGCAGAGAGCGAGCCGCUGUCCUCUGAGGAGAACUGCCACAGCACACACUCCAGCCAGUCGGACAGCCAGUAUGGGUCGCCCCCUAGAGGCUGGUCAGAGGAGCUGGACGAACACGGACACACCCUCUACGUGUCCGAAUACACACAGGAGAAGUGGGUCAAACAUGUGGACGAGCAAGGCCGGCCCUACUACUACAGCGUCGACGGAUCCAGGUCAGAGUGGGAGCUGCCAAAGUACAACAUCUCCCCUCUGUCUGGAGAAGUUCCUAAGAGUCGGAGUUUGGAAAGGAAGCAGCCAGACCCCAUCGUCCUCACCAAGUGGAGGCACAGCACCUACGUCUUGGACCUCAACGACAAGGAGUGUGCUUUGGCGCCCAAGCUGAGCUCUCCAGAUUCUGACUCCUGCCCAUCAUCUCCUAAACACCCUUCAACCCCCUCGGAGAAGUGUGGAGUCCUUAAUGUCACCAAAAUCACAGAGAAUGGAAAGAAGCUCAGGAAGAACUGGACAUCUUCCUGGACCGUGCUGCAGGGUUCCUCCCUCCUGUUUGCCAAGGGCCAGGGCGCCAGCACCAGCUGGUCAUACUACCGCAGCGGCUCCAUCCCGGAGCUGCUCCUCACUCUCCUUAGCAGCUGGAAGCGCUCGGUCAAGCCCCGCCCCGCCGUCUCCUAUGUGACGGCUGUUGCCAAAUUUGGCAGCAACCAGUCCAAGCCUGAGUUCACGGUAGAUCUGCGCGGAGCAUCGGUGGAGUGGGCUUCCAAGGAGAAGUCGAGCAAGAAACACGUCAUUGAGCUGAAGACCCGUCAGGGCAUGGAGCUGCUGAUCCAGUCCGAGAUAGACAGCGUCAUCAACGACUGGUACCGGGCCCUCACAGAGACCAUCAACACUCAUGCGUGGGAGUCUGAUGAAGCCAUCGAGGAGGACAUGCCCGAGUCUCCGGGCGCUGAGAAACAGGACAAAGAGAAGGACCAUCGGGACUCCAAGAAGAUCAGAGUGAUGAAGAACUCCAUCAGUAUGGACUCAUCGGACCAGAAAAAAACCAGGAUGAAGCUGAAGAAGUUCCUGAUAAGGCGACCCACCUAUCAGGCAGUCAGAGACAAAGGGUACAUCAAAGACCAGGUGUUUGGCUGCAGUCUGAGCAGUCUGUGUCAGCGGGAGAACACGUCGGUACCCAACUUCGUCGAGAUGUGCAUCGACCACGUGGAGAACACAGGUCUCAGUGUUGAUGGCCUGUACAGAGUGAGUGGGAACCUGGCGGUGAUCCAGAAGCUCCGCUUCGCUGUGAAUCACGAUGAGAAGGUGGACCUGAACGACAGUAAGUGGGAGGACAUCCACGUCACGACCGGCGCGCUCAAGAUGUUCUUCAGGGAGCUUCCUGAGCCUCUCUUCACAUACGGCUCCUUCAACGACUUUGUGAACGCCAUCAAAUGCUCUGACUAUAAACAGCGUGUGAAUUCAGUCAAGGACCUGAUCAAGAAGUUGCCAAAACCCAACCACGACACGAUGCAGGCCCUGUUCAGACACCUGCGCAGGGUGAUUGAGCACGGAGAGGCCAACCGCAUGACCACCCAGAGCGUGGCCAUCGUGUUCGGGCCCACGCUGCUGCGGCCCGAGACGGAGACGGGCAACAUCGCCGUCCACAUGGUCUACCAGAACCAGAUCGUGGAGCUGAUCCUGCUGGAGUACGAAGGCGUGUUUGGGAGGUAGAAGAAGAAGAAGAAGAAGAGCGUUGCCGGGUUUCCCAAACAGACUUCUGUCCCGUUUCCUGAACAACGCUGUGGACCAAGCAGCUGGGAGGAAUAAAAAAGGAAAAUAAUAAUAACAGUUUACAAAAAUGUUGCACUUACAAAGAAUCUGGGGAUGAGUUUAGGAAUGAAAAUAGAUGUAUAGAUGUUGCCCGUUUUUUUUUUUUUUUCAGUUGCCAUUCCUGCUGCGAGGAGCGGGCGGUUGAGAGAAAGGCUUUCAGAGUGUUGCCGUGGUGACGUGUGGGCCGUCUGUGUGAGUCGGUGAAUUUUGAGUGUUUACACUGGAUCUUUGGUGGCCAGUCUUUGGAAUCAGAACCGGACGCUCCGUUUUGAACUCCAGGUGGGACGGAAUCAGGAAGGAGCUGGCAUCAUGUCCGCCUUUCAGAACCGGGUCAGUUCUGUGUGAGGGACUCGUUCUGUUUGCUUUUUAACAGUGUUAGCCAUGAACUCUGGGGCCUCCUCCCGGACCGGACCUUCGCGUAACGGAGCAGAUCUCCUCAUCAUUAAGCUAGUGUUGCAGCGGACGCCGUGUGGAUGCCCUCCAACACGUUGCCGAGCGUUUGUACAGAGCAUUGUUGUAAAAAAGAAAAAGAAAAAAGGGGGGGAAAAAAUAAAACGUCCCUGUGACUGAGGUGUGUAUGCUUUGACGGUGAACCAGUGGAAGAUUGUGAAUUUAAAUAUUAAAAAAAAGCAUCAAUUGUGAGUGGAAAAAGCUCACAAUUGAUGGCUAGUAGUUCUGUGUGUGAGGUGUUUGUGCAUGGUCAGCUGCACACUUUGAAUGUAAUUUUCCGGCUAACUGCUGUUUGUGAAUUGCUAUGUCUAAUAAAAGAGACAAACUAAAUGUG